AUGUCCGACUACGACAACGACUCCUCCCGCUACGGCUCCAGCACCACCGGCGGCGCCGGCUUCGGCAGCAAGACCUCUGGCGGCCUGGACGACGACUACGACAACAGCGGCGUCCGCACCGGCUCGCACGGCCACACGGGCGGCUACUCGGGCGGCAGCGACCAGUACGGCUCCGGCACCACCGGCGGUGCCGGCUUCGGCAACAAGACGUCUGGCGGUCUGGACGACGACUACGGCAACUCCGGGCUGCGCACGGGAUCGCACGGCCACACGGGCGCGUAUUCGGGCGGGAACGGGGAGUCAUGGGGAGGAGAGGAGUGGCGGCGGUGGUGGUGA